AUGUCUUACAUUGUACCAAUCCACCCGCCUAGUGGUGUGCGCCAUGCUAUCAAAUUGAAUUUCCUAGAGCCCGCCGUUGACACACUCAUUGUUGCGAAAGCGAAUCGACUCCAAAUAUUCGAGCAAGGACCAGAAGGCUUGAGCCUGUUGCACACGAAGGUCGUCUACGGCUAUAUCACCAUCCUUGAGAAGCUCCGCCCCGAGUCUUCCAAGACCGACCACCUUUUUGUCGGGACCGAUCGCUACCAGUACUUCACUUGUUCAUGGAACGCGCAGACGAAACAGUUACAAACAGAACAGAGCUAUGUCGAUCUGGCGGACAAGGUUCUUCGCAGCUCGCAAGAGGCGGACAGAUGCCAUGUGGACCCGACCCGGCGAUACAUGACUUUGGAACUGUACGAUGGAGUCAUAUCAGUCUUGCCUUUCAUUCAACCCUCCAACAAACGGGUGAAAAGAGAGAGCACCGCCGCUCCCCAGGUUGGGGCUCUCGGUGAGCCGGUUCAGGUCAGGGUCGAGGAGUUGUUGACGAGGUCAUCCGCCUUCCUGGAAAUGGAUCCUGACUCAAAAGACAAUCCGAGGCUGGCUAUCUUGUGGGAAGACAAUCUGGAGAACCCACAAUUGGCGCUGAAAGAGCUCAAAUACCGCCCUGGUGGGGAGCAGGCAUCUGCAGAUCUGGAGAGAGUGGCCGACUUGAAGGGUGACCAGCUCGACAAGGGCGUGAGCCAUCUCAUUCCCGUCCCCGUCCCGUACGGAGGCUUCCUGAUUCUAGGCGACCACAACAUUCGCUACGUUAACCGCGACCUAAGUAAUGUCAUUACUCAGCCUCUAGCGGACGUCUCGACGAUAUGGACUUGUUGGACCAACGUCGACGACCGACGAUGGCUCCUCGCCGAUGACUACGGCAAAUUAUUCUUUUUGAUGAUUGAGACCAGUUUUUCCGAAGUGAUAUCAUGGAGACUUGAUCCUGUUGGAGUCACCUCAAAGGCCUCUUGUUUAAUAUAUCUCGAUGAAGGCUAUGUCUUUAUCGGUUCACAUGCGGGCGAUUCGCAAGUUGUGCAUAUCGAAGAGGAAGGAGUCCGUAUCGUGCAGACAUUCCCGAAUAUUGCUCCUAUCUUGGACUUUACCAUUAUGGAUCUGGGUCGAGGUGCCGAAGGCGCCGCAGCUCCCGAAUUCUCUUCCGGUCAGGCCAGGAUAGUGACAGCCUCUGGAGCUUGGCAGGAUGGUACGAUUCGGAGUGUGAGGAGUGGUGUUGGACUGGAAGAGAUCGGCACUAUUGGCGAGCUAUCUCACAUUAUCGACCUAUGGGGUUUGAGCUCAACAGGACUGGGCGACGCUCAAGAUACUUUGCUGGUUUCUUUCGUCAACGAGACGCGAAUCUUUAAAUUCGAUGCGGAAGCCUCAGUUGAAGAAGUCGACGACUUUCAUCAUCUCGAGUUCUCUCAGCCAACUCUGCUUGCGACAAAUCUUCCCGGUCGAAAGCUACUCCAGGUCUAUGAGACCGGGUUUCGAAUCACAGACCUUGAAUCGAGUAUGCUGACACUGGAAUGGAAACCACCCGAUGCUGCGGCGAAGAUUACGGCUGCAAGUGCAAAUUCAGUCCAUCUUCUCCUAGUGGAGGGUGGUCAUACUCUCCAUGUCUUCCAUGUCGCGACCAGCGAGGCUAAGCCCACCGUCUCAAAGACCUUCUCACCCAACUCACAAGUAUCAGGUGUAUCAGUACCAGACUCACAGAGUAACGUCUGUAUCGUCUCGUUCUGGCAAACAGCCUCUAUUGCCAUUCUCGACCUACACUCCCUCGACGUCCUCCAAUCACAAAUGGUUGGCAGCCCGGGGACAGAUAUUCCACGAUCAGUCCUGGUUGCUCAGGUCCUGCCUGACGCACCUCUGACUUUGUUUGUUGCAAUGGCUGACGGCACAGUUCUGACGUAUUCAGUCGACUCCUUGAAGAACUCUCUGUCCGGCAUGACGAGGAUCUUACUGGGAACAGAGCCCGUGUUCUUCAAACAAUUACCCAAGGAUCGCCUAUCAGGAUUGUCCAAUAUAUUCGCUUCAUGCGAACAGCCCUCCCUGAUGUAUUCCUCUGAAGGUCGCAUCAUAUACUCAGCCGUAAACGCCGAUAGUGCCUCUCGUGUGUGUAGCUUCAAUUCCGAAGCAUAUCCCGAGGCUAUUGCUAUAGCGACUCCAAGCGAGCUGAAGCUGGCCUUGAUCGGUACGGAGAGAACGACUCAAUUGCAGACGCUUCCUGUUCGUGAGACAGUAAGAUGUCUCACCUACGAACCCAAGGCUAAGAUGUUCGCGAUGGGGUGUGUCAGUCGAGCCAUUGAGGACAGUGCAGAAGUAACGAUGAGCUCCGUUAAGAUUGCGGAUGAGGUUAGCUUCAAGGAAUUGCACUCGAUAGAUCUGCAAGACAAAGAGUUGGUAGAGUGCAUUGUUGCGACGGGCUCGUUCGAGAUGGAGGACGAAUCUCGUGCUUACGGAGAGAUGUUUGUGGUAGGAACAAGCCUUCUUGAGGAGAACGAAUCUGGCGAGGAGUGUCCGAGAGGCCGAAUACUCGUCUACGAGGUCAACAAAGAGAACAGGCUGAAAGAAGUCACUCAAAUCCAGGUCAAGGGUGCAUGUAGAAGUCUAGCCAUGUGUGAGGGCAAGAUCGUGGCGGGAUUAGUGAAGACGGUCGUCCUUUACGGUCUCGUGCCCUCAUCAACAAGAGGAGACCACUCCCUCAAACUGGAAAAGCUGGCCACCUACCGCACCUCGACGAACCCGCUGUCUCUUGCCGUCAUGCCCGCCACUCCAAAUGGUCCCGCCUCAAUCGCGGUCGCAGAUCUAAUGAAAUCUCUAUCCAUCCUUCAAGUCUUCCAUGAUUCUUCCUCCUCAACAGGUUACUCGCUGCAGGAGAUAUCCCGCCACUUUGCUACAGUCUGGUCCUCGGCGACUUCAAUCGUACUGGAAAACGAAUGGGUUCUUGCCGACAUGGAAGGCAACUUGACCAUGCUACGUCAAACCAGAAAUGGCAGUAGACCAAGUGGCUUUAACAGCCGGCUGGAAGUUACGGGGGACUUCCGACUAGGCGAGGUAGUCAAUAAGAUUGUCCCUCUGACAAUAACUCCGACGGCCCCAAGAGAGAACGGAAAGAACCACGCAAAGAAUCCCGAGCAGGACGAGGACUUUUCCAACCCAGAUGGUCGGCGUUAUGGUGGUGCAGAGAAGCUGGUCGCUGCCAAGGUCCCGCGUGAGGGGUCGGUUGUCACUCCGCGGGCAUUCCUCGCGACCAUCGAGGGUGCGAUAUACAUGCUUGCAACCAUCAAUCCGGGAUUCAUGAACGUGCUUCUGACCUUGCAGUCGGCAUUGGCAAAUCGAGUGCAGGCCCCAGGCUAUAUGCCCUGGAGCAAGUUCCGUGCGAUGAAGACUGAGGUGUUGGAAAAGGAUGAGCCGUUUAGAGUGGUUGACGGAGAGAUGUUGGAGCAGGCGUUAUUGAGCAUGAAUGAUGAGGAGCUAGAAGGAGUCAUCAGGGAAGGCGGCUUGAUGGAGGAGCAGUUGGGAGUGACGGUCCAAGAGGUCAGGGCGUGGGGUGAAGAGUUGAGGCGAUUGUGCUAG